ACAGUCAGCUGUCUCGAAGCUGCUUUAUUUUUCUGAGUUGGAGCUCAUGGCUUGUGUGUAAUGAAAUGUGAUUUUGUUUAGUUUUCUUCACGUUGCUUUCGUGUUUAGUGGAGAGAUGAAAAUGUCAGGACCAAACGGAGAUCCCGAGGUUACAGCUGAUGAAGGAAUCAUCGAGGAUGAUUUUAAUGAAGAGGAGUACGCUGCCAUUAACUCCAUGCUGGACGAGAUAAACUCCUGCCUAGAUGACUUGGAGGAGCGGAAUGACGCACUGAACGGAAAACUGCACGAGCUCCUGGAGUCCAAUCGACAGGCUCGCCAGGAGUUUCAAGCGCAGCUCGACAAAAAGGAAACGGAGGAGCAGAAACAGCCGCCUUCUGAGGGAUGAUGACCAAGUGGACGCUUGUGUCUAGUCCUGACUCAUUCCACCGGCAUAAAUCUACUGUAAAGUGUACAAAUAUCUAGCUUUGUAUGGACUGCACAUUUCACCCUUUUAUGUACAGCUGUUUUGUCAUGUUAAACUUUGUUUUAAGAUGCACACAUACCUCUCCCCCCCCCAGAGUGAUUUCUGAAACAUUAAAGUUAAUCAAAUAUUUUAAUAGACAAUAAGAUGCAGAAAAAAAAACAAAACACACACAUCUGGAGGAGGAGAAAAAAAAAUUACAAGAUGCUUCCAGCUCCUAUAAAACAAUUUUUUUUUUAAACCCUAAUUCAUUUGUAGAAUAAAAAUAGAUUAUGAAAUGUA